GUUUCCUUCCCCUCUUCUUCCCUCUGCCGACCAAACCAAAGAGAGAAGACGAAGAGAGAAAGAAAAAAAAUCGAACAAUCCGGGAGGAAAAGCUAGGGUUUUCGCCAUGGCCACCGCCUGCCUCGAGCUCCGCCGCCCCUCCAUUCCCAAUCUCUCCUAGAGCGACCCGGAUCCCCUGCCCCCGGAAUCUCGCAUCCGCGCGAAAAGGAGCCGCCUUCCCCCCUUCCCCUUUCCUCCGUCCGAGGGUUUCCAUUUCCCCUUUUCCUCAAAGCAGCCGCAUCGCAUCGCGGGGCGAGCAAGCAAGCAAGGGGCCGCCUGUGUGUUGGGUUUUUGUUCAGGUAGGGCGGGGAAGAGAUUCGGAGGGGAGGCGCUGGCGAUCGACCUGGUCCGGGCGAGGGCUUCGGCGGCGGCGACGGUGGUCGGAUAAUGUGUAUACUGUGCGCCGUGCAACGGUGGUCGCGGCGCGUCGCCACCAUGCUGCCGUGGCUCGUCCUCCCGCUCAUCCUCCUCUGGGCGCUCUCCCAGCUCCUGCCGGCUGCCUACCGCUUCGAGGUCACCUCGCCGCGCCUCGCCUGCGUCUCCGUGCUGCUCCUCACCCUCUUCUGGUAUGAGAUUCUGCUCCCUCGCCUCUCUGUCUGGCGCGCCCGCCGCUCCGCCCGCCUCCGCGAGGAGCGACGCGCCCAUGCGCUCGAGCUCCAGAAGCUCCGCAAGACUGCCACGCGCCGCUGCCGCAAUUGCAACAACCCGUAUAGGGACCAGAACCCUGGCGGCGGGAAGUUCAUGUGCUCGUACUGCGGUCAUGUGUCCAAGCGGCCUGUGCUUGACCUCGGCUCUGCGGGGAAAGUUCCGUCUGGGUGGCCUUGCAGUCAGGAUUGGGCCAAUGCUGCUGGUGACCCUGGGUACUGGCUUGACCUGCGGUGCUCCGCGGAUAACUCGUACUCAGGGUUCUCAUGGCGGUUGUUCUCUUGCUUUUAUGUGAGCAUGGCAUGGUUCUGGAGGAAAGUUCUCAGGUUUGGGUCAUCAGGGGACGGCGGAGGCUUGGGCCGGGAUGGCAAAAUGUUGGCAAAAGGAGGGGAGAAUGGAGGCAAGGCCGAGGAAAGCAGGGUGGACAAGGCGAAAAGGAAGGCUGAGGAGAAGAGGUUGGCAAGGCUGGAGAGGGAAAUGCUGGAGGAAGAGGAAAGGAAGCAGCGAGAAGAGAUGGCAAAACUAGUGGAGGAGCGGAGAAGGCUGAGGGAUGAAAAAGCAGAGGCUGAGGAACGAUCAAAAGGUGCUACUCCUGUCGGUGAGAAAGAUGCUAGGAAAGAAGCAGAACGAAGGCGGCAGGAGAGGAGGAGGAAAGAAGACAAGGGAUCAAGCAAGAGUAAUUCCGAUUGCGAGGAUAUUGAGAGAAGAGUAAACAGAGAGGGCGAGUGGAAGCGGGACUUUGAUAGAAGGAAUGAGCCAGACAGACGUGAUGCAACCAGAGUUGGGACAGAGGGAUAUAAGCCUCAUAACUUUGAAGCUAGCAGUCAGGGUGGUAAGACAGUGCAGAGCAGAACAAAGUACUUUGGUCGUAUGACUGGAGGGUUGUUAUCUUCUUCCAGGGGUUUUAGUGGUGGUUCCAUUUUUGGUAGAAGUGCUCAGACCCCUGCUCCUCAAGCCAACAAGGUGAACAAACCGCUUGUUACAGCAACUGACCACAGUAAUGCAGUUAAGAGAGAUGGCCAACAUGCAUCUGUACAAGCAAUGCCCAAAUCUGCUACAGCUGGAGAAACUAAAAAUUCAUGGACUAAUUUUCAUCGACCUGUUAGUCCAAAUAUGCAGCAACAUCCUACCGGCCUGAAAAAAUCAUGGCAUCAGUUGUUUAGUCGCUCGGCAUCAGUUUCCCCUUGUCCUGAUCUUUCUGCUUCAGUUCGUGAAAAGAUCAUGCAGCCAGAACCAAAUGGAGCACAAAUAAGUAGUGCUCAAAAUUUUCUGGCUCAGUAUCCUCCUCUGGACAGCAAGCCAAGGGUAAGCCAAUUCAUGCAAUUUACAGGGUUCCCGCCAGUGAAUGGAGCACCUGCCAACAUGCCACCAUCUCAUUUUCCAGCUGGACACAUGCCCUUCUACAAUGAAGCAGAACCUACAUCAUUGGAAGAACCGGAGCAAUUUGAGGACCCAUGCUAUGAUCCAGAUGCAAUUGCAUUGCUUGGGCCAGUUUCAGAGUCUCUUGAUAACUUCCCUCCAGACUGGAAUAGCAGGUUCAUCUUGAAUGAUGUCACAAAGGAACCACAUGUUAAGCCUUCACCAAUUGAGUCUCCUCUCUCAAGAUCACGGACUGUUGAAGAAAAGCCUAUUAAACCUUCGCAUUUCUCAAUUGCAAAAGGGCAUAAUAGUUCCAUGUCACCUGAGGCUAACAGUGAGCAAGGCACAUGGCAAAUGUGGAGCACACCAUUGGUUCAGGAAAGUUUAGGCCUGCGAGGUCCUCAGGCACAGUGGCUUCUACCAAAUACCAAUCAGUUCAACCAUGGCGUCAAUCAUUUGAAUGGCGGAACAAGAAGCCCCCUUGGUGCUGGUUUGAACGACAAUGACUUGUGGCUGCAGAAAUCACCCUUCCACCAAUUGCCUCUUGAUACAGAGAGCCUGUUCCUUUCACAUGACGGGUCAGGAAAUACUAUGCAUAAUGACUUGGGUUUCGGAUCUCCAAACAGAGCAGCCCGUGCAAACCCCUUUGGGCCACCUGGUCCUGGUCAUUCUUGGUCCAAGGAGGAUCUGGUGCUGAAUGGACCUCAGGGAGCCAGUCAAACUCAUUCACCUACUGGAGCGCAUGGCGGUUUAUUUCCAACUAACCCCGAUGUACAGUCAGUUUGGUCGUUCGAUCAAAAGAGAGACAGCAUAGAACUUAUAAAAUGACAUGUGCCUGAGCCAAGGCUCCCUUGCCUCCCUCCUUCCCAGUCUAUAGGGAUUUGAGGAGAGAUAUGUUGGACUGUAUUCCCCUUAUGCGACGACAUCGAAACAUGGCCAUUUUAUUUAGUACAACUCACCUCUUAACAUUGCGCCCCAUGCAUUCCGCAUUAGGCCUCUUGCCUGAUGCGACUUGUGGAUUCAGUUCAAUGUUUCGGGGCCUGGGCCAAGUGUUGCCAACAUUUUAUUUAUU